AUGAUAACUCCAGAUUCCCCGCACCAGAUGUUGAUGAAAGGAGAGUCAGAUAAUCCUCGAAAGCUCACCUGUUCAAAGCUCGGUAAAGACCUUGGUAGGGGCAGAAUUUCUCAUGCAAUUGCUGAACACCCCUGGACAGCACCCUGCUUGAUAGGUUUAAUCGUCAUAAUAACCAUUUUAUCCGGUGCUAUUUUAUACUAUACCCAAUACAACCCGUCAGAUAACCGAUUGGUUAUGUACUUAAUUUUGAUAAUAGUUUGCACGCCGGUGUUGCUUAGGUUAUUGGCUUUCAUGUUCGACCCCAUUUCAAUAAGGCUUAUAAGCGAGACUGAUGAUGCUCUCUUUUUCUUAAAGUUAAUCAUAAAAGGUCAUUCAUGGGAAGAAAUAGGUGAAAUUAUGAACUCGUAUCUGUUUGAGCGAGGAAUUUGGCCGACAGACAGCUAUUUUUAUGACGGUCAACAGUGCUAUGACCUUUUUGACCUCUAUUCUCAGAAGUGUACUGACCCUGCUAUACUGGCGUUUAUCCAACAAACUAAAAAGAAGCUGCCUUAA